GCACAGCCAGUGAAUGGCAAACGGAAUCGCGCCUCCCAUCCUCUGCUUUCCCCAAAGGCCAGCUCCACCGCCGGCACGGCUCCUAUAAACCACCAGCUCCCCGUAGGCGCGCUUUCCCCGCGACAGCCUGAGCAGCCAUGCCGGGGCGGCGGGCGAUCGACGUCCGGCUGCUGCCGGGCGGCGGCGACGCCGCUGCGGCGCCCAAGUGGCGCAUGUCGCUGCUGGAGAACACGUUCAGCGGGUUCCUGCAGGGCGCCGGCGCCGACACCGCGGCGAGGGCCGUGUUCGCGGAGGGGUCCCUGUUCUGCCCGUUCCUGUUCGGCAACUUCUUCGACCCGGCCGACCCGUUCCCGCUGUGGGAGUUCGAGUCCGACGUGCUGCUCGCCGCGCUCCGCCGCGGCAACGCCAGGACCACCGUCGACUGGGCCGAGACCGACUGCGAGUACUACCUCAGAGCCGACGUGCCAGGUGGAAGGAGAUGCGACGUGGAGGUGAGCGGGGACGCGAUGAAGGUGAUCGACAUCUGCGGGCUGUGGCGGGCGCCGGCGGCGGACGGCCGGGACUGGCGCUGCGGCCGGUGGUGGGAGCACGGCUUCGUCCGGCGGGUGGAGCUGCCGGAGGACGCGGAGUGGAGGAAAGUGGAGGCGCACUUCGACGACUGCGAGGGGGCCCUGGAGAUAAAGGUCCCCAAGACCGCCGACGACGACGAUGCCCACCACGCCACGGCCUGAGCCUGACGCCGAGAAUCGGAACCUCGCCGCCCCAUUUGAGGACGGCAUUAUUAUUCUUCGAACGGACGGCAGAAACGGAAAACGACGGCAUAAUCUUGAUAAGAAUGUUCGACGGCAGAAACGGAAAACGACGGCAUAAUCUUGAUAAGAAUUUGCAAGAUACGGAGGAAACGCAGGAGGAGGAGCGAGCUAAUUAAACUGAUCGUCGCAGCAUGUUGCAUGUGCAUGAAUGCACGCGUGUCCCUGAAAAAAAAAACGAUGUAUGUAAUAGUAUGUUCUUCAGUGCCAGGUGUUAAUUGGCAGUGAGUGUC